AUGAUGACGAUAAUUGCUAGGAGGCAGCGGUCAGCAUUGGUAGGCGGUAGGACGAGCGUAGGUUUCUCGAGUCCUCAGACAGCGGAGUGGGUGAGCAAGUACCUCGGGCGUUGGUCGCUCUCCCCACCGCCCCCCGUAUUCGCCUCCCUUCAAGCCCCCACCCCCCACCCCCCAGUUCAAGACUGGCCGCCCACAUGGGUGCGGCCACCGCGAGUGGGCGUCAACCCUCCCCGCGUCCCCUCUCGAGGGUUUGCAAUUUAA